UUUUUUGUUUUUUUAAUGAAACAAAAUAAAGAACAACAAAAAUCAACACCAAAAACAACACAAAAACCCCCUUCCUUAAAAAAAGAAAAUAAUCCAAAAUUAAUUAAUAACCCUCCCAAUUUCCCCAAUUUUUUUUCCAAUUUUUCCCCUUUUGUGUCACUAACUGCUCUCUCUGCAAUUAUUCUUUUAAUUGUUCCAGGAGAAUUGUUUUAUAAAGAAUUACCUCCAAGUGGGGCUGUGACGAUUUUGAAUGUUUUGAGGGAUGAGGGGGAAUUUAGUUGUGGAGGUGGACCUUUUUCUUAUUAUGCUGCGAGUCUUAUAAGCCUUACUUGUGAUCGACAAUCUAUUCAUCUUUGUUGUGAAAAACACGACAUUUGUUACGACCAAUUACAAUUAAACCAAACUUUUUGUGAUGAUAUUUUUUGUUCCUGUUUAAAUUCAAUAAAUUCAAGUAUUUAUUGUGAAAAUGUAGCUCAACCAGGGUUGUGUUUGGCAACGAGAACUUUUGGUCACCUUUUUCAUUGGAGUGCAAAUUGUACAGCCACCGAGGGUGGGCAAAUGCCUGUUGAAUGUUUAAUGCUUAAUAGUGAAAGGGAUGAUGAUAAUCACAAAAACGAAUAA